CCACCGUUAGCCAAAAUGUUGGUCGUAAAAGGCUAGCAAUUACCGAGCGCAGCGUGCGAGCAGCUUCCAAUCACUCAUUUGUGAUCCGAUCGAUGAUUAAAGAAAGUCUGAAAUUCUUGGGGUUCAUCUUAAUGAAUGAAGAUUCAAUUGCACAGACAAUGACCGCGUACCAUUGUUGGUGUACGAUACAAAGCCACAGCCCACCUAACCAGGAAGCAGAUUGAGUCACACUGCUGUUUAAAAAAACUAUGCAGGCAACCAGGCCCCUUUUUGUUAUGAUACAUUCUUUGCAUAUCAGCAGUGUUUUUGAGGAGUUACGCCAGCACAUCGCAGCACACCUCAAGUCUCUGCUAUUGGUGAUAAUGAUAUCACAUCGAUUCGCUGAUAAGCGAAACUUAGAUAUGAAGAGCUUUGAUGUGUCCCAAUCCCUUCUGGACCCCAGUACAACUUUGAAACACGUUUGGUCAAGAUGCUUUCGAAACGUAGUAGUGAAGUAUCGGCUUCGCAAAUAGUUGAAAAUGCUGGGAAAUAUUUGGCAAAAGUUUUGCAGUUGAUUCAUUUGAGUGCCAAUAAAAAUAUUACAGAGAGUGUGAAGACACUUCUCGGCCGCCACACCAAAAUCCUUGUAAAGUACAUGGUUAAACUAGAGGUAAAGAGCGAUAAAACGGAAAACAGAGUUUUGGUUUUCACGCCCGUGCGAGUGUAUCUUCUAACAGCCAAAGUACCGACAAGGAUAGACUGCCACUUUCACUACCUAGAUAUACAAUCGAUCGAAAGUCGGAAGCCAACGCAUUUUACAAUAACUACCAAUGACAAAAGCUAUUCAUUUUCAACGAUUGGCGAUGCCGGAAGUUUUACAUCGAAUGCAGACGUGAUUUUAACAGAUUUAUCAUCCGCAAUAAAGCAGAUAUUUCCCACGGUGCCGCUGCGCUAUAUAAUUCGAAAGAUUGAUGUGAAUCCCAUCGAGCGUACUUCGAUUUUUUCCGACGAAUUGCGCCCAUCCGAUCCACGCAAUGUGGGGCCGUGCGGUGGUUUUAGCAUGCAAUACGCUUGCAUGUGCGAUCUGCAUGCGGUGCAAUAUCGGGAGGAGGUAGCAUGGGACAUCGAUACCAUAUACCUUUCGCACGAUGCACGAGUACUCAAUUUGCGCGACUUUGAUCAUUUGGAGCAGAAAGAUCUGAUGGCGAUUGUGGCCGCGCUAGAGUACAACACAUUUUUUCGUGGAUUGAAGGCGUCUCAUACACGAUUGUCUACAGAAACACUUGAGCGGGUGUUGCAAGUGUUGCGGCGAUCACUGUGGCUUGAAGAACUUCAUCUAGAAUCGUUGGGACUAAAGUCUGACUUUAUACAUAAGCUAGCUGUUGCUGUGAUAUCAAAUUCUGCGCCUGCAUUACGAUCGAUUGACUUAAGCCAUAAUGUGAUUGAGGACAAAGGCGCUACACAUCUGGCUGGACCAAUAGCAAAAAUGUCGAAAGGAUUUUCGAAGCUGGCACUUGCACAUUGUGGUCUUACGGCCAAAGGUGUUAAUCAGUUGGCUCAUUCGCUUUCGUUGAAUCAGAAUAUUUCGAAUUCAUUGACGUAUCUGGACCUCAGUGGUAACAUUCUGAAAGAUGACGGAAAUAAUCUUUACAACUUUUUGGCCCAACCUAAUGUUAUAGAACAUUUGGAUAUUUCCCGCACGGAUACUACACUGGAAAGUGUUUUUGGAGCUCUUUUACGUGGCUGCGCGACCCAUCUUCUACACUUGAAUGUUUCGCACAACAAUUUUGGUACGAAGAAAGGCAAAGAAAUACCACCUUCGUUUAAGCAAUUUUUCACGAGCAGUCUAAGUCUGAAGCAUCUUAACAUUGCCAGCUGUAAACUGCCAUUGGAAGCUCUUAAACAUCUACUUCUUGGAUUGGCUUGUAAUGAAUCGACGGCCGGUUUGUAUCUAGAUUUGAGCGGAAAUUCACUUGGAUCACAGGGAGCUCAUGUGCUGGAGUCGUGCAUUCACGGUGUACGAGUACUAGCAUGUCUUGAUAUCAGCGACAACAACAUGGACUACGAGCUGGCCAAUGUUCUUACCGCUAUUGGCAAGAAUCCAUCGAUUCGAUCUUUAUAUAUGAGCAAAUGCUUCUCAGGCAUGAAGCUGAAGCACAUUGGCACUGUGAUGGAUUCGUUGGUAAAUCUAAUUCAAAAAGAAGACUUUCAAUUGCAAGAACUAGUACUUGCCGAAAAUCGACUAAAAACCGACCUGCACAACUUCAUCAAUGCCCUCGGCAGCAACCAACAUUUGCAGAUGCUGGACAUCACGGGAAAUCUGAUGGGUGACAUAGGUGCACGGUUGCUUGCAAAAGCACUGCAGAUCAAUAACAAGCUGAAGACCAUCGCACUAGAUCGAAACAACAUUACGCUGCAAGGUUAUGCGGACAUAGUUUAUGCUUUGGAGAACAAUUUCUCAGUGCGCAAUAUGCCAUUCCCGUUGCACGAUAUUGCACCUUGCCUGAAGCAGCAUCCGGAACGUACCGAUGUGUUGAUGAAAAAAAUGCAAGAGCUGUUGUUCCGCAAUGGAAAUGGAUUCAAACGCACACACGGGCAAGGUUUUCGGCUGCAACAUGGAUUUUUACUAUCGUCCACUCAUCAAGUGUUAGAUAAGCUAGUUGCUGAAACCCAAGAAACGAUGUCAUCCCGCCAGAGCUCUCUUGAUGGUAGCCUAUCGCGUUUAUUGGAAGACGCUGAAAACUGCAAACAAUUGCUACCGAAGUUGCAAGAAUCGGUACGAUGUGACCCUCAUCCGAUUGAGGUGCGCCUCGGAAAAAUGAAAACAGAGCUCCACCACUCGAUCAAAAGCUACCUCGAGGAAACGAUGGAAACCAUGCUACGUACUGGAAUCGAGCAGUGUCCAAAAACUUUAGGCUCUCAGGUAGUUCUGACCGAGUUGCGUAAAGGUUGCGAGGAACGACUAACGAUUUCUGAAGAGUUUCUACAAAGUUGUCUCGUAAACAGCGCCGGAGGAGAGGUUAUGAACCGUAUUAGCGAAGUGGAGCAAUCAUUGGCAAGUCUAAUUUCUGAUCGAGCCACAGAUGAGGUAUUGGAAGCACUAACACGUUAUCGUAAAGGUCUGGGAAUUGCCGAGGGGCCACUCAGUUACACAGACGAUUUGCAUUCUUUAGAUGGGAGCAAACAUAAUUCUAGUCAGAGCACUGAGCCGAUCGCAAACUUUGAACUGAGAGGGUUAGAUUUACCCAAACUGGGCCUGGAUUCACCGACGAAAUUGGAAUACCUAAACCUAGCUACACCCCAAUUGCAACACAAACGUCGUUCAAUCGCAAGAAAAGUAAGACCACAAUCGGUAGUAGGUCUAGGGAUCGAAAAUUUAAGUCUUGCUAACAUUCCUGAUGUAACGGAGACAUCAAUCGCGAGUGUGUCGCGUAGUAGCAGCAACAAUAGUGGAUCCAAAAAGUACGAAUCGUCCAAUGCCAAGGAAGACGAAUGUUGCGAUUCUAUUACGGAGCUUCCAAGUCAAUCCCUUACCCUGCAACACUUGGUUAAAGGUCGCCCAAAACGAGCAAAAACAAGAGCACCUAAAAAACCUGUCAUAACGGAUACUGUAACGGCUGGUGGGACUGUAGUGAAUGAAGGAAUUGAAUCAUUCUUCCGACCAGGUUCGGCUACACCCUCGACUCUAACACCACUGGUUUCUCCCACCUCCGAGGAGUGCAGUUCGUUAAGUUUCGUCGAUAGUCCCACGUUGAGCCGCGAUGACGGAGGCAGAUUCAGCAAUGUCACUUCCGGCGAAACAACGCCAAUAUUGGAAGAACGCAAACCUCUUAAACUGGAUCGGUCUUCACCACUGCUAAAAGGAGUGAAUUGGACCUCCCGUUCACGCUCGUCGGACAACUUGGAAAAGGUAUCACCAUCUGUUAACCGCAAGUCACCAUUAGUAAAAGCGGCAACGGAGGUAGUAGAAACGCCGGUGCGCGAGUAUCGAUCCGUCGAUAAUGGUGCUGCUACUCCUAUAACGGGAAGUAAGUCGCCUAGUAACGAAUCAGUACGCAAUCAUCAUGUGGAAUCAGCUCAUGGUGCGCCGAGACUUGGAAAUGGUACAGGCCAAAAAACACCGAUUAUUACACCGAAGCCCCGUCCAUGGUCGGUACUAGGGCAUGAAUCGAAAAAUGAAUUCAACGAACCAUCUGUCGACAGCAUCGACACGGAUGGGGAUCUCGUGCUGAUCUCCGGACAAACACCUGGAGGAUCGAUUGUCGGCAUUACGCCCGGAGCUAUAAGUUCCGCUGGUGUUACUGGUGGAAGUAUACUGGGUAUUACUCCAGGUGCUGUUAUAGAAAAGAAAUCCGUAAGGGACAUGGCGGCAGGACUAAACAAACUUGGAGUAGAGCUCGAGCGGAAUUCACUGAUGAGGAGUUCGAUUUCCUCGCACUCGGCAUCGGCAGUGAUGCGUACCUCACCAUCCUCGAUACUGGGGCGCAGUAGUCAAAAAAAUAAUAGCAUGACAAGUGCCAGUAGUAGUAGCAGUAGCAGUCCAACUAGCAGCGUAAAAAAUGGUGAUUCUACUACUUCCGACGGAGCACCGAUUAUCAGUUCGGGCGCUAAUAUCGAGGAAACCGGUGCUAUCAGUGUGCCCCAAAAGGACGAAAAGCACGUAAAACGUAUCGUGGCUGGGAAGAAAAUUACUGCUUUGUUUGAGGAGACGCUAGUUGAAGGUCUGCAAAAAUCAUCACGAAAAACCAUGUACAGAGAGUCCACCGUGUAUAAGGACGAAGAUACGGUGGAUGUGUAGGCAUGUCGUGGAGGGAUGCAGGAGGGUUUUAAAAUGGGGAAAAAAUCAACAUUAGUUUUACCAACACCCACUUUAAGGCAUUAUUCGUAAAUACGCGCUGCAAAGCACAGCAAAGCAUCACACAGAGCUGCGGUAUAAUGAACUGUGAGGCGAGACAGUAUUGAUGCAAAGGAUAUUUGGGUACGGCAGGGUAUAUCAGAUCAGAUGGUUUUUUAUCCAUUUAUGUGGUUUACGUUCGUUUUCGUUGAUCUAUUGUUUAAUCGAUCUUUUAAAUAACUGUAACGCGCCUGCAACAACGACUCAACGCAAUGUACACCAAGAAAAGUAUUAUUUUUACUCAAACAAGAUUGACUGCGCAAUUCAAAAGAUGCUAUCCGUUUUCAUGUGUUGAUUUACACUGCUAUCGUGAGUGGUUAAGUGGGUUUUAUUUUAGUGUAUUGUAACUUUCUAGCUGUACUAUCGCAACACCAUAUGGUAGCUCAUGAAAAGACUGUUAUUAUUGUCCUCCAAAUUUGGUAAAGGAAUGGUGCGUUAUUAGGAUCUAUCGGAUAUUAAUAUGAAAGCAUGUUUGUCUACUUCUUUACCACUUGAAGGCGUGUUUUUUUUAAACAAGGAAUGUUAAAAGUCUGAAGGUAGGGUUUAGGAUAGCGACGUUCAUUCCAAUGGCGAUUGCAGAAUACAAAAUGACACAGUGUGUACAGUGUGCGGUACACAUGGAAAUGUGGUCUGGUAAACAGUCAAAAACAGAAACAUUAUUCGUUUCGAUAUGGCAAGACACUCAAUGCAAAUGGAGAGGUAACAGUGGUCUAUUCAAAUGUCGUCUAUGUCCUUUCGCAAGUUCGUACGAUUCGUUGGUGUACAUUAUGACAAAGGAAAGGAAAGGAACUGUGCCAAAAUAAAGUAAAGAAAAAUACAGAAGAAAACCAUUACAAACAACAUAAUAGAAGGGUAACCAAUGUCUAAAGACAUCGCUAAUCGUAUAUAGUUUAUCAUGGCAUCGAGUAUAACACGAAUAAAAACCCCAAGGAUAAAGUAUGGUAGAAUAGAUCACACACUAGAUCAAUUACACGUAUUUGAACAUAAUAUUUCGGGACCGUUUCAUGAUAAAGUUUGAUAAUUUCAUUGACAGUGAAGAUCCAGCACAAAUAUACGCUAUCUAUGGUUAUGGUCCAAGUUUUGUAUGCAUACCACAUGGAAAAAAUAUAUACCCAUAGCGAAGACUAAGCCUACCGUACAUUCGGAGGAGCAUCGUUGCAAUAGAAUGUCCCAGAAUAAUGAACGUGCGAGAUUUGGUGCAUCCUGUAAUCGAUUCCAGCGAGACUCUUAGAAGCACACGUUAAUAUGAAUUGUAUGUAUUUUCAGUAGCUUAGACUCUUGUGGGUCGUUUCGAAUAAAUAGCAGAAGUGAAAAGAGCAUGUCUCCCAUACACUCGAGGGGUAAUUGUAGUGUAGGUGGAUU